GUGUUUUUUCCUCCACAGAGACGAGGAGAUCCGUGAGAAGUGUGGUGAAGAUGCCGUCCACUAUCUGUCUUUCCAGCGCCACAUCAUCGGUCUGCUGGUGGUGGUGGGCGUUCUGUCCGUCGGCAUCGUUUUACCAGUCAACUUCUCAGGCAACCUGCUGGAGAACAACGCAUACAGCUUUGGACGCACAACAAUCGCCAACUUGAAUUCUGGGAAUAACCUCCUAUGGCUGCACACAUCUUUUGCCUUCAUGUAUCUUCUCCUCACCGUCUACAGCAUGAGACGCCACACGUCCAAGAUGCACUACAAAGAAGACGAUCUGGUCAAACGCACUUUAUUCAUCAGCAACAUCUCCAAAUAUGCAGAAGAAAGCCAUAUAAAACAGCACUUUGAACAGGCGUAUGAGAACUGCGUGGUUCUGGAAGCUCGUGUUUGUUACAACGUGGCCAAACUGAUGUCUCUCAAUGCAGAGAGGAAGAAGACUGAGCGCAGUAAGAAGUUUUUCACAGAUCUGAUGGCGAAGGAACACAUGCCCACCAUGAUCAACCCUAAACCCUGCGGCCACCUCUGCUGCUGCGCCAUCACAGGCUGUGAAGAGGAGGAGGCUGUGAGUUAUUACACUAAACUGGAAGCCAAACUGAAAGAGGAAUACAGGAAGGAGAAGGAGAAAGUCAACACUAAACCGCUGGGCAUGGCGUUCGUCACCUUCCAGAACGAGGCCAUGACUGCAAUAAUCCUGAAGGACUUUAAUGCGUGUCAGUGUCAGGGCUGUAAGUGUCGUCUGGAGCCGCGCUCAUCUCAGUUCAGUGACGGUCUUCAUGUCUAUAACUGGAGUGUGAGCUACGCACCGGAUCCUCAGAACGUGCGCUGGUGAGAAACACACACCACC